AUGUAUUGUAAAUACCUUGCUUUUAUUUUGUGGCUUAAUGGAGCAGAUGGAGUGAAGCCUGAAAUUAGAUAAAUAGUGGGAUUAACUCUUAAAAGUUAAAUAGAGAAAAACUUUGCUAGAAUUCCAAUGGAUACCAUUAAUUAUGUAAAAGACAGAUUGCUAGUGGCAUUUUAUGAUCCUGAAUAUACUGUCAGAAAAACUGUAAGCAGUGUAAUGUCCAUCCUAGUAGUUAAAGGAGGCUUUCACAUUUGGCCAGAGCUUCUUAGUUUCUUUACUCAAAAUCUAACUAGCCAGGAUUAAACAAUUGUUGAGAAUUCAAUUCAAGCGAUCUCAAUAAUUGUUGAGGACUGUUCUUAAUUAUUUGAAAAUGAGGAUUACUGCCAAGAAAUAUAAAACAUGAUACCUAACAUUUUCAGAUUACUAGAUUAAAACUAGACAGCACAUGUUAAAGAGCAUUCUAUUCUAAUUGUGAAUUUAUUAAUGAUGACAUAGUCUGCUGUUGUGUGUGAGCAUUAAGAGUCUUAUGCAAAGCACUUACUAACAAUGCAAUUUGAUUAAUCAACUUAGGUUAGAUGGAGGAUCAUUUAGGGAUUGAAUGUUAUUUAGGGAUAGAAAAAUGAAAUAAUAAUGUCAAUAUUUGAUCAAGUAAGUGAGCUAAUGAUCAAUGCACUAAGAGAAAAAGAUUAGAAAAUUGCUUUAGCAGCAACUGAGUUUUGGUCUGGAAUUGUUUCUCAGAAGUGCAAUACUCCUUAAGAGGAAGAGCAAAAGAUUAAGAAAAUCUUCACAAAAUUGCCUGUAUUGCUAGUGGCAUUGUUUGAGUGUUGCAAAUUUACAGAUCAUGAUAGAAUGGCAAUUAUGCCAUCAAAGGAUGGAGAUGUAGAAUACGAUAGAAAAAACUUCAAUAAGGAGUCUUAAAGAAUUAGUGAUAACAAUAAUGAAGAAGAUUAUGAGAUUGAUGAUGAUGAAUAUUUCACAACAUUGAGGAAAUCAUCAGCAUUUACAAUUGAAAGGUAUUCAAAGACCUAUCACGAUGAUACAUUCUUCAUUUUACUUCCAUACUUUGAAACAGCAAUGAAAAGCUAAAAUCCUGAUUAAAUUGAGCCUGCAAUUUUAGUUCUGGGUGCCAUUAGUGACUCAGAUGGUGCAUAUGGUGUAAUUAAAAUACAUCUAGAUAAUUUGGUGCCUUACUUAUUAGAAACACUCAACUCUAAUAAUGAAUUGCUGAGAUCUACAACAUUGUGGACUCUUUCUAAAUUUACUGAUUGGAUUGCAAAAAAUGAUGAGUACAUUGAGAUUUAUAUAAACAUCUUAUGCCAAAAGAUGAUCGAUUAAGAUUAAAAUGUUUAAGAAGCUGCAUGUGCUUCUUUAGCUGUUGCUUGCGAAUAAGCUCCAGAUAGAAUACUUCAACAUAUAUAGAAACCGUUAGAUGCUUUUAAAAUGGUUAUUAAUAUAUACAAAGGCAAUGCUCUGGUGCUACUAUUAGAUACCAUUGGUUAGUUGGCUUUAUCUUUAGGAGAAAACAUCAGAAACGAAAGCAUUGUAUCUUAACUAAUGCAAGUUUUGAAUAAAAUGUAUAUGGAUUGUGAUGACGAAAGUAGGUUAAUAUUCCCAUUACUUGAAUGCUUUGAAUCUGUGAUUUAAGCUCUCGGACCAUUGAGUGAACCAUUCAGCAAACCAAUUUUUGAUAGAUGUCUUAAAAUCAUAGAAAAAUUCAUAUAAAAAGUAAAGGCAGACCCUGAUGCAAUUUAUACUGAAACAGAAUUUUUUUAUGUAUUCGCUUUAUUAGGCGACUCUCAAAAGCACUUACCUGACUUUUACAUUGUCUACCUGCCUUAAUUCAUCUAAAUUGCAAUUGAAAAUAUAAAUUUUGGAGAGGGUCCUGAGGGAGAUAAUAGCAAUUUAGCUUAGUGCAAUAACGCAUGUUGGUUUAUAGGUUAAGCGAUUGAUAGUAGGAAUGGGGAUUUAAUAAGGCCCUUUAUACCAGUUAUAGCAGAGAAAGUUGUGAAAAUCUUAAGUGCCUAAAGAUUAAAUAAAUCCCUUGCUUAAAACCUAAGUGUCACAUUUGGCAGAUUAGGAUUGCUUGAACCUAAAGACCUAUCUGUCUAUCUGGAUAGAGUAUUGAAAUAGUGGUGUAUAUCUAUGAGAAUAAUAAAGAAUGGUCCUGAAAAAGAAAGUGCAUUUAGAGGUAUUUGUAAUAUGAUUCCGCACAAUCCUUAGGCAGCAAUGAAUGCUCUUCCAUAUCUUUGUCAUAGCUUCGUGAAUUAUAAAGAACCUCCUCAGAAUUUAUUCAAUAUUUUCCAGGGGCUGCUUUUUAAUUUCAAAACUGUAGUGGGAGGAUAAUGGGAAGAAUUCAUAAUAUAAUUUCCUCCAGAUCUCAGGCAAAGUGUUCUAGAAAAAUUUAAUGUCUGA